CUCGAUCAUUUCUGUUUGCAACUCUUCAUUGGUCCGCUGCAUGCGCUGGUUGUCUUGGGCGUGCUGGUCGUGCUGGACUUACUGCUUCUUGCUGGAUCCCCCUCGUUCUCCUGAACUGUUGCAGCUUAAUAUCUUGAAGCCCGCGCACUUUUCGCCGGUUUUCGAGUGGCGAGACGUGGCGACCUGGACCCAGAGUCUCUGGCCAACAAAGCCAAAUUACACCGCUCGGAGCAGGGAACAAAGCUCGAGUCAAGCAGGUUACACAACAGAUUCGAUCAGUGGUAGAAAGGUCUGGGUCCUGCCGUUCUUGCUGGUGGAUACGAUUUGAGGAAGAGAUAAAGCCCCGUCACCGCUUCGAUUGCCUGAUCAUCAACCCAAUCUGCUAUUAUUGCAUAGGCACUUUAAGGCUCAAGAUUGGAUUGCCUUGUGACUUGACUAGGGACGCUUGAUCGAUUUUCUACCUAACAACUGAUCGUUUGCCUCGAGCGACUACAAUCCUUUUCCUUUCUCGACUUGCGCAAGUCCUUAUCAGAACCCGAAUCCCACGAAAUCUUUAUCGGCCCCGGGCAUGGCAGUUGGUUUUUGGCCCGAUAGUACCGUCCCGAACGCCCCGAAGACCAGCAUUGCGAAUCUGGAGCGGAACAGUGAGAUGGAAGUGGAUGGCGAUGGCGAGGAGACAGUCAUAGGAAACAAAGAAGGCUAUCGGUCCUCCCGUCGCUAGUCAAGAACCCUUAUAUCGAGCUGCGCUUGAUCACCGACGAAUCCUCGGCGCUGCUAGCCGGCACGAACAAAAUCCCACAUUACACAGACUCGGUCGACAGUACAACCUUUGACAAGAAGACCAGUGCGAGGAAAUGGCUCAAGGCAAAGACGGCCGAGCUUUGCGAGUGGGCGGAUAUGCUACUGGUCGCUCCCAUCGACGCGGGCGCUUUGGGGUCUAUGCUGGCGGGGUUGACAAACACUUUGACCUUGGCGCUCUUACGGGGUUGGGUGUCGAGCAAGCCCGUGAUUUUGAUUCCAGGAAUGACCGUCUCAGAAUGGGAUCACCCGUUGAGUGCGCGACAGCUGGAAGAAAUAAACCGGUUCUGGCCUUGGAUUCGAAUCGUUCAGCCCGUGCUCUGGAAGUCCAAUGGGCCGGAGGACCUCACGCCGCUGCCGUGGGAUGGAUUGCAAGAUCUGCACAGAAGUCUGGAGAAAGGCUUCAACCUACCUCCGUGGGAGAGACCAUUUUCGCAAAGUGCUACCAGUGCAAAAGCAACGCCAUCCUCGCAAACUAUUCCUUCACUGGCAAAGCCGUCUGGUAGUGACACCGCCACGGCACUUCGCCAGCUCCAAACACACUGGCCAAACCCAGAAACAAGAGUGCGAUCCCUCCCUUUUGAGAUCUGGCUCAACAUCUUUGAGGAUCAAUUAGGGGAUUGGGAAAUUGCAAAGGCCGUAGGCAUCCCGACCAACCUCCCAGUUCCCCAAGAAUGGCAGAGCCACCUUCUCAAGAUGUCCACGCCGGCUUCAUUGGAAUACACAAUUCUCCGGGGCUCUUUUGCCGCGAUGAAGAAACGCAUUGACAGUCUGCCUCGAUGGAAACCACUGUCAGACCUUGCCUGUCACCUCAUUGUGAAAUUCUCUCGUACUGAUAUCCUCUCUUAUCUUACCGAAAACCACCUCGACCUUCUAUGGACUACCUCUCGCCUCACAAACAUCCCUUAUCGGGCGUCCGCAAUUUAUGGCAAUCCCACUGUUCUCACGUGGUGGCGUGAUGCACCCGCACUUCCUAAUAAAGAGUACGCUGCUGACGCCAUGGACGGUGCCUCCCGCGCUGGCUUCAUCCACGUUCUGGACUGGUGGCUACACUCUGGUCUUCCGCUCCGAUACAGCGAGCGAGCCCUCGAGUCCGCCAGUGCAGAGGGCCGGGUCGCCGUGUUGGACUGGUGGAAGGCUGCAUCAGCAAACGCACCGAUCCACAGGCCAAUCCCUCUCAAAGUUGGCAAAUCCGUCCUGCUAGCGGCGCAAUCCGGCCGUAUCGCCUCUUUGGCUUGGUGGGAUGCAUCCGGUAUUCCAUACAGCCACGCCGAGAAUGUGACCCGUAUUGCCAGUACGCACGGCCAUGUGCAUGUCCUGGAUUUCUGGUACCGAUUGAAAGGACCGAAGAUGAUCUUCGAUAAUCAGGUUCUCGUCGGACCCACCAAAAACGGGCAUGACCAUGUUCUGCAAUGGUGGAAAGACUGCGGCCUACGGGUCGAAUUCAAAACCUGUGAUAUUGAGGAAGCUCUCGAAGACGCAGUCUCUGGUGCGGACGGUCGCGUCCGUCGCUGGUGGGAGUGUAAUGGUCUCAACCUCGGCGUUGGUACCCGAGAGUGGAUGAAGACGAAAGUACUUUAAUUUGCAUAUGAACAUUUCAAGGUGUUCAAGGAAAAAUUUUCGAGUUUUAUUUGAGAGUUUACCUACCAUUGGACACAAGAGCAGCAUUCGUGUAUGGUUUUCAGCCGUGUUUUAGUUUUCUUUGGCCCCUGUUUGACUCACGACACCAGAUGAUGAUGAUCAAUAAUACCCAUUUGCCCUUUUUUCAUCACUUCUGUCAUUUACCAUUGCGAAUGGAGGACUGUUGGCGCCAGAAAGGUGUUUCCUUCUUUGUGCUUCUCGACCUUGUAUCUAACUCCAUCUGUGUUGCACAUGAAUUGAAAAUUCUCACAACCUACUCCCACUUUUCCAAGUGUACAUGUUUAAUUACCGCACCCUUGAUAGCAUCUUUGAUCUUCCCAAAUUCCUUGAAAGCAUCAGACUCGGCAAAAGCAAAGUGAUCUUCGACUUUGUUCCAGCCACUGAAGAGCACGAAUUCCUCAUCCUCGCCUUCUUUAUCAAUGCGCCAGCCGCCAGCGUAACCGUACGGAGCAGUGUAUUCUCCGAGAUGAGGGGCCCCUACUGUGAAGACGUUUUCGAAUUCGUCCUUCUUGCUAGCCUGCACAAAGUAUCGGCUUAUACCGAGGACCGGUGCAUUGAGGGGGAUGCUGUUUGCAGAAGGCUGUUUCAGGUGAUUUUGGUCAGUCCACUCGAUUUCCACCUAGUCACGUAUCCCC